CAGACAUUUUCAUACUCCUUUUUUUUGCUAGUAGACAGCGACUACAAGUAUUUGUGCUAGAGUGCUAGUCCUCUUUUUUGGGUUUGGAAAAAACACUUCAAUUGAAUUCGUUUUGGAGAAAUUGUGAUCGACCUGAAUAAGCGCCACGAAUCGAUCAAAAUUACGUAAGAAGAACUACUGCUUCCUCUUUUCAUCUGGUGACUGAUCUCUUUUAUGAUCCUCGAAACAUCCACUCAUUUUUUUAUUUUUAAUUGCUCCUUCUAUCGUAAUCAUUCUUCUACCCCCAACGAACGAACACCAUGACAACCAUGUCCUCGUCCUCUACAUCAGUGAGAGACCAUCCGCCUACUCGCGUUCUCCCACCAGCUACAACGGCAGCCAAAAUGGCGGGCACUGGUUCCCCACCUCUGGUUCCGCGUAAUAUGGUUUCUAUAGCACGAACGCUCCAAGAGCAUGUCGGAGAAAUGUCCAAAGUUCGCUUGUAUGAAGAGGACAUUAGACGGAUGAUUCUAGACUACUUCGUGCUUCAUGGAUGUCAGCGAGCUGCGGAAGCAUUUAGAGCAGAAGCUUUUGGACCUUCUGUAUCGUCUUCUGGGAGUGCUCCCGGAGGUGGAGGUGCAGCACAACUUCAUGAUCUUCCAGUAGAUGCUCCUUUACAGCGUGGUCUUCAUCUACAAGAACCAGGAGACUCUUUCCCGCCUCGUCUAGGAGAAGAAGAAGAAGAGGAGGACCCUGAAAUUCGUAGAAUAAGACCACUUUUUUCAUCUUCCGCUCCAAGUGCUAAAGUUAGGAGACUAGAUGGAACAUGUGGUGAGGUUGUCGAAGAUGCUCCUGCUGGUGGACUUGUGGGAAAUGAAAACGAAGCAACGAUGAACCUACUUCUGCAAGGACCUACAAUGGCAGGUGCGUCCAGCAGUUCUUCCUCCUCGAACUUCGUACCACCUGCCACUGGUAUAUCUGGAGGUGCAGCAGCUUCGUCUCCAGCAACAUCUUCGAAUCCUGUCGCUGGUGGCGGAAGUCCUGCUACUGAUUUCCAAGCAAAUCCUAGCGCUCCUUCAACCGUCCUUCCUAUUUCAAAAGUUCGUUUACGCGGGUCAGUAAGUUCAGCUAUUCGGACAGGAAAAAUCGAGGAGGGUAUACGAUUGCUAAAUGAGUUAACACCGGAACUGCUCACACAACGACCAGAAGUACAUUUUGCGCUUUUGAGGUGGCAGCUGGUGCAAAAGAUACAGGCAGGAGAGAUAGGAGAAGCAUUAGAGUAUGCGCAGGAACGGUACUGUAUAAAUGUUUUUUUCAGAUGAAUGCUCUCUUCACAACUGACUCUGUAUUCUUGCACUUUGUCAAUAAUACUCAACGUUGAAGAUCUACGUACUUGAAACAAACCACAAAGCUAAGAAAAGAUAAACUCGACCACAUCAUGCACAGCCUAACGCCUUUCGUAGAGCAACACCCCUCUCUUCUUCCCGAGCUUGAAGAAGUCAUGGGUUUGAUCGCUUUGCCUCCAGGCCCCCUCCUAGAAGACAGUAUCAAAAACCUGCAAGGAGGCUCCUUGCAAUCCGUAGCUGAAGAGCUAGACGCAGUCAUUCUCCAUUCUUUCGGCAUGGGGCGCGUUUCGCAGUUGGAAUACAUCUGUAAAAACGUAUUGUGGUCACAGACCCAAAUGUUAUUGUCGCAAACAACACGACCACACCAGCCAGGGCAUCUUCAACAAGAAGAGGAUCUGUUGAGACCAAUACUUGAUCCGAAUUCUUUGGAUGCACCUUGUUUUGUGAUGACGAGACCAGCAGCUGGGAGUAAUGCGAACGGGAAAGAGAAAAGCAGUUGA